UUUGUCAGCUAUAUGUGUAAUAAGAAACCUCACCACAAUAAUUUCCAAUUGAGAGCUGAUUACCUAACAAAAAGCUAGAGUAUCACAGAGCAGCCUGUCAUUAGAGUGCAGAUUACUAGGAUGCUGCUGUGGUUUUUUGUAGUUGGGAGUUUGCUCUCUGUCCCAGUUACAAUGGACUCUGAAGUAAAGCGCAGAGAAGAUUUAUUUUUAAGAAGUUUGGGAUUACAAGCUAAACCUAGCCCUGUCUCCCCCCCACCCAUACCCUCUGUAUUAUGGAGGAUUUACAGCCAGAGGGUGAACAGCGCAGCCCAAAGAAAGAAGCCAGAUUUGUGUUUUGUGGAAGAGUUUAAUGUCCCCGGCAGUGUCAUCCGAGUGUUUCCUGAUCAAGGCCGGUUUAUUAUUCCUCAGUCAUCUAGCCCUCCCCCAAAUCUCUGCUUGGAAAGGAGAUUGUUCUUCAAUAUCUCUGUAAUGGAGAAAGAGGAGAUGAUAACAAUGGGCCAGCUGGAGGUAAGGUUCAGCCAGAACAGCUACUAUGGAGAAACAUUUAAUCUGCAGCUCUACAGGAUCCUACAGAUGUCCCUAAAAGGGAUGGGUGGACAGAAGACCAGCAGGAAACUCUUGGUUGCACAAACCUUCCGUCUGCUACACAAGUCACUCUACUUUAACCUGACAGAUAUUUGUAAGAGCUGGAGACAUCCUUAUAAAAACCUGGGUCUGGCAUUGCAGCUCUUUUCUAGAGAAGAGGGCACAUUGGCCCCUGGACAGAUAAAGGAGUGCCAGGGAAUACACACUUUCCUCUACACCUCUCUUCUCACUGUGACACUUAACCCACUACAGUGUAAGAAAUCCAGAAAGAAGAGAAGUUAUGGCAAGCUCCCUUUUACUGCCAGCAACAUUUGUAAAAAGAGACUCCUCUAUGUUGAAUUUAGAGAUGUGGGAUGGCAGAACUGGGUCGUAGCUCCUCGAGGAUACUUGGCCAACUACUGCUAUGGAGAAUGCCCUUACCCGCUGGCAGAGGUACUAAAUGGCUCUAAUCAUGCCAUCCUACAGUCUCUUACUCAUUCUCUUGAGCCUGAGUAUAUACCACUUCCCUGUUGUGUCCCAACAAAGAUGUCUCCCAUCUCAAUGUUGUUCUAUGACAAUAAUGACAAUGUGGUACUCAGACACUAUGAGAACAUGGCAGUGGAUGAAUGUGGCUGCAGGUGAUGAUUGUUUUUGUGAAACCUAUUACCACAGAGUGAGGUUGCGGUGAGACUGGGGAAAGCUGUAUCACACCUUGGAGAAAGAUAAAGUAAUAACCAAUUAGCCUCUAACUGUGGGGCAGAUUUAACAAUGAGUGAUAUUCUUGUUAUCACUCAUUACGAAUGUUAAAUGGUGAUCCAGCUCCUGUCAUUUUUCAAACACAUGACAGGAGCUGAUUGGCUGGAGCACCAUUUAUCAUUCGUAACAAGUGAUAGCAAGAAUAUCACUCUUUGUUUAAUUUUCCCCUUUAUCUCUCUAUACUUUUAUUUCUUUCCAAAGCUUGAUACAUCUCCCCUUGUUCUACCAUGGAAGAACAUGAAAACCUUUUUUUCUUUUGGGCUAAAUAUGAAAAUUGAGUUGUGAGUUUUUUUGGGGUUUUUUUUGUAACUGAAGAAUAUGGUGUACAAUGUUCUCAUACCACCCCUCCCCAUUGACACUAGAUCUGGCUCUAUCUAUUUGUUGUUGAGCUUCUUUAUGUAUACCAUUGUAUUUAUUCAGUUAAAUGUGUUACUUCGUGAAAUAUUCCCUUGAAUAAUUAAAAUGUUUUUUGUAUA